AUGGCGAACGCAAGAUUGCAAUACCGCAGACGGAACCCGUACAACACGAGGUCCAACCGUGUCCGUAUCAUCAAGACCCCUGGUGGCAACCUUCGAUACUUGCACAUCAAGAAGAAGGGUACCGCUCCCAAGUGCGGUGACUGCGGCAUCAAGCUCCCUGGUGUCCCCGCCCUUCGCCCCCGUGAAUACGCCCAGAUUUCUCGCCCUAACAAGAACGUCACUCGUGCCUACGGUGGUUCUCGCUGCGGUAACUGCGUGAAGGACCGCAUCGUCCGCGCUUUCCUGAUCGAGGAACAGAAGAUUGUCAAGAAGGUCCUCAAGGAGUCGCAAGAGAAGGAGAAGGCUGCCUCUCGCAAGCGCUAA